AUGAGGGAUAUCUCCAACAUCGCUCCUUCAACUCCCAAGAAGCAGAAACUCCACUCUACGUUGAUCACACCCACCAAGCAAAUCACCUCAGGCUUACUCUCCCCUGCAUCCACACCCACAAAGACCUCCAUCACAGAUUCAAACAAAGGAGUGGCCCGUUUAUUCACUGCCCCUUCUACUCCCACCAAAUCGACCUCAAAACCCUCCAUCUACACACAAGCCAAGGCUUUGUUCCAAAGAGGUUCUGCAGACUACACCAGUCCAUUGGUCAGCAGAGAAGUUGAGGCCCUGUGUCUCAACCGCUUCUUACUCGAUAAUAUCACCAACCAUACCUCCAACAGUCUAUAUAUCUCAGGCCCUCCUGGCACCGGCAAAACUGCGCAGAUCAACGUGUCUUUCAAGGCUCUUUCCUCAGGUCAGAAUAUUAAAAUUAAUGGUGCUACUGCAAAAGUUAUCCAGAUCAACUGUAUGACCUUGAACGCUCCGGAACACAUUUUUCAUGAAAUCUACAGUCAAGUAGUGGGAACUCUCUCCAUUUCAUACCGCAAGAGAAAGACAUUUGAUGACUUGGUGCAACUCUUGAAUAACAAGGAAUUGGAGUUGAACUCCGUGGUGGUUGUGUUGGACGAAAUGGAUUGCUUGAUCACCAGAGAUCAACAGAUCCUCUUUGAGCUCUUCCGAAUCGCCACUCCUACUAGCGACACCAAUACCAAACUUGUUUUGAUAGGAAUUUCCAACGCAUUGGACUUGACUGACAAAUUCUUGCCUCGUUUGAAACGGAACGGCUUGAAUCCGCAGGCGUUGCAGUUCUUACCAUACACAUUCGAGCAAAUCAAGGCGGUCAUUAUUGGAAAAUUGAGGAGCUUGAUACCUGACGAAGACAAGGAAAACUGUGCCGAUGAUAUCCCGAUCUUUCAUCCUUCUGCCAUUCAAUUGUGCUGUAAGAAAUCGGCCAGCAUCACUGGAGAUCUCAGAAAAGCAUUUGACAUGGUCUACAAGAGCAUAGAGGUGGUCGAAGAGAACACUAAGAAGAAGAACAAGGACAUAUCUUCACUUACAUGGUUGGACUGCCCCAAAGUAUUGAUUCCCCAUGUCGCCAAAAUCUGCUCGUCUUCCUUUGGCCAAAAAUCAUUAAGUUCAUUGAACCUACUUCAGAAAGCCGUGUUGUGUUGCCUAUUCACUCACCAAGGGCAGGAUAUCAAUGUGAAUACUCUCUACGAUUUCUAUAUCAAGCAGCCUGACAUCGAAAAGUUGCUUGGAAAUCUUAAGAAGGGGGAGUUUUUGGAAAUCAUCUCUGCAUUGGAAUCCACCUCGGUAGUGACUUUGGGAGAGAAAAAGCUGUUGAAAUGUAACGUAUUCAACGUUGAUAUUGGAAACAAAAUCAUCAGGCCAAAUGUCCCUUUUGAUGACGUGAUCAAAUCUAUUGGGGAUGUUGGCAUAUUGAAGAGAAUUGUGGGAAAAUGA